AUGGACAGCUCCCUGACAGGAGGAGGUAUCGGUACCAUGGACAGCUCCCUGACAGGAGUAGGUAUAGGUACCAUGGACAGCUCCCUGACAGGAGGAGGUACAGAGACCAUGGACAGCUCCCUGACAGGAGUAGAUAUAGGUACCAUGGACAGCUCCCUGACAGGAGGAGGUAUAGGUACCAUGGACAGCUCCCUGACAGGAGUAGGUACAGGUACCAUGGACAGCUCCCUGACAGGAGGAGGUACAGGAACCAUGGACAGCUCCCUGACAGGAGGAGGUACAGGGACCAUGGACAGCUCCCUGACAGGAGGAGGUACAGGGACCAUGGACAGCUCCCUAACAGGAGGAGGUCCAGGGACCAUGGACAGCUCCCUGACAGGAGGAGGUCCAGGGACCAUGGACAGCUCCCUGACAGGAGGUGGUACAGGGACCAUGGACAGCUCCCUAACAGGAGGAGGUACAGGGACCAUGGACAGCUCCCCGACAGGAGAAGGUAGAGGGACAGGGACCAUGGACAGCUCCCUAACAGGAGGAGGUAUAGGAACCAUGGACAGCUCCCUGACAGGAGGAGGUAUAGGUACCAUGGACAGCUCCCUGACAGGAGUAGAUAUAGGUACCAUGGACAGCUCCCUGACAGGAGGAGGUACAGGGACCAUGGACAGCUCCCCGACAGGAGGAGGUACAGGUACCAUGGACAGCUCCCUGACAGGAGGAGGUACAUAUACCAUGGACAGCUCCCUGACAGGAGGAUGUACAGGGACCAUGGAAGGCCUCCUGACAGGAGGAGGUACAGGAACCAUGGACAGCUCCCUAACAGGAGGAGGUACAGGGACCAUGGACAGUUCCCUGACAGGAGGAGGUACAGGUACCAUGGAUAGGUCCCUGACAGGAGGUGGUACAGGGACCAUGGACAGCUCCCUGACAGGAGGAGGUACAGGGACCAUGGACAGCUCCCUGACAGGAGGAGGUACAGGGACCAUGGACAGCUCCCUGACAGGAGGAGGUACAAGGACCAUGGACAGUUCCCUAACAGGAGGAGGUACAGGGACCAAGGACUGCUCCCUGACAGGAGGAGGUACAGGGACCAUGGACAGCUCCCUAACAGGAGGUGGUACAGGGACCAUGGACAGCUCCCUAACAGGAGGAGGUCCAGGGACCAUGGACAGCUCCCUAACAGGAGGAGGUACAGGGACCAUGGACAGCUCCAUGACAGGAGGAGGUACAGGGACCAUGGACAGCUCCCUGACAGGAGGAGGUCCAGGGACCAUGGACAGCUCCCUAACAGGAGGAGGUACAGGGACCAUGGACAGCUCCCUAACAGGAGGUGGUACAGGGACCAUGGACAGCUCCCUAACAGGAGGAGGUACAGGGACCAUGGACAGCUCCCUAACAGGAGGAGGUAUAGGGACCAUGGACAGCUCCCUGACAGGAGGAGGUCCAGGGACCAUGGACAGCUCCCUAACAGGAGGAGGUACAGGGACCAUGGACAGCUCCUGCAUCCCAAAUUCCACUAUAUUCCUUUCUUAG